UAUAUUUUCAAGUUCAAUGUGAAGUGAGAAUAUUUUCUUAAUUUAGCAUUAUUUGGGGAAAAAAUUGCAAAAGGAGCAAAUAUUUGUAACAAUUAAACAAUUCAAACUCUCAAAACCACCACUUCAUCUACACUAGCUCAAGCUCAUUCUUCUCCCACGGGAACUCUUCCAUAUUGAAGCAUUGAAAUUCGCAAGAAGAUGGUGAAGAACCAAAAUAGUACUUAGCAAUUUACAACACAAACUAUCGAAUUCUUCGUCUUCAUUCACAAUCUUAAUCAAAUAGCUUGACCUUCAACAAUGGCGAAGAAGGUUUCGAUGAGUCAGAACUAUAUACCGCUCUCACAAUUCGGCGUUCUCGUUGCGCAAUUAGAAUCCAUUGUUGCUUCCGCAGCUCACAAAUCUCCUGAUCCUCUUCUUUGUUUUGAUCUCCUUUCUGAUCUCAUUUCCGCCAUUAAUGACGAACCUAAGGAAUCUAUUAUGUUAUGGCAAAGAAAAUGUGAAGACGCAUUGUAUUCACUGCUGGUUUUGGGCGCGCGGAGACCUGUGCGGCACUUGGCGUCGGUAGCGAUGGCUAAGAUUAUCUUGAAAGGAGAUCCUAUUUCAAUUUACUCAAGGGCUAGCACUCUUCAAGGGUUUCUUUCUGAUUCGAAGAGAAGUGAACCUCAAUGUGUAGCUGGUGUUGCCCAGUGUUUGGGAGAAUUGUAUCGUCUUUUUGGCAAGAAGAUCACAUCUGGGUUCUCCGAAACCACAAGUAUUGCCUCAAAACUUAUGAAGUCUCACGAGGAGUAUGUGAGAAAAGAGGCUCUUCACAUGCUUCAGAAUGCUAUGGAGGGUUGUGGUGGUGUUGCUGCUGCUACAGCAUGUACAGAGGCAUUUCGACUCAUCAUGCGGUUUGGUGUUGUUGAUAAGUCAUCUAUCGUCAGAAUUGCUGCUGCUAGAUGUUUAAAGACAUUUGCUAAUGUUGGGGGACCUGGUUUAGGGGGUGCAGACCUUGACAGUUCAGCCUCUACUUGUGUCAAGGCCUUCAAUGAUCCAACUUCAGCAGUCCGUGAUGCCUUUGCUGAAGCGUUGGGUGCAGUUCUUGCUCUUGGAAUGAAUCCCGAGGCUCAGGUCCAAUUAAGAGGAAAAGGACAGCUUGCGUCAGCAAAGAAACUAGAAGAUGGUUUGCAGAGGCACCUGGUGUCUCCAUUUGUGAAAGCAAGUGGUAUUCGGUCAAGGGAUGUGCGAAUCAGUUUAACUUUAGCAUGGGUCUCCUUUCUGCAGGCCAUUCUCCUCAAGUAUCUUCAUCCGGACAGUGAACUUCAAGACUUCACUUCGCAAGUGAUGGACAUGCUUCGAGUGGAUACAUCCGUUGAUGCACAAGCUCUGGCAUGUGUGCUAUAUAUUCUUAGGGUUGGUAUGGUCGAUCAGAUGACAGAACCUACUCAAAGGAGCUUCUUAGUUAUCCUGGGAAAGCAGCUUCAAUCUCCUGAUAGUAGCGCGCCAAUGAAAGUUGCUGCACUGCGUACAUUGUCAUAUACAUUAAAAACACUAGAAGAGGUUCCAAUGGAGUUUAGGGAAGUUCUAGAUGAUACCGUUGUUGCUGCGCAAUCACAUCCUUCACAGAUGGUCCGUGUUGAAACUGCUUUGACUCUGCGGGCAUUGGCUGAAGUUGAUCCUACCUGUGUCAGUGGUUUGGUCUCUUAUGGUGUGACAAUGCUAUCUGCCUUAAGAGAAAGUGUUUCAUUUGACAAGGGAAACACCUUUAAACUGGACCUUGAUUCUUUGCACGGGCAAGCCACGUUACUUGCCGCUCUAGUUUCUAUUUCGCCAAAGCUACCUCUUGGUUAUCCAGCCAGACUUCCACACUCGGUCCUUGAAGUAUCCCAGAAAAUGUUGACGGUUUCCAAUAGGAACCCUGGGGCUGCAACUGUUGAAAAAGAAGCUGGGUGGUUACUUCUAGCUUCAGUUUUGGCAUCUAUUCCGAAAGAGGAGCUUGAAGACCACACUUUUGAUAUUCUUGCCUUAUGGGCUCCCUUAUUUAGUGGAAAUCCAGAACUUGAAAAUCGACAAAGUGGCGAUUUGGCAUCUAAAAUAUGUGUUUGGGCAGCGGCAAUUGAAGCACUUACAGCGUUUGUUAGAUGUUUUCUUUCUCCUAAAGCUCUGAAUUAUAAGAUUCUACUCCAGCCAGUGCUAGUCUAUCUUAGCAGUGCAUUAUCCUACAUUUCUUUUAUAGCCGCUAAAGAUCUUCCUGGGACAAAAGCUGCCCUGGACGUUCUUAUAAGGACGUUAAUAGCAUUUCAGUCACUCUCUGAUCCAAUGGCAUAUGAAAGUGAUCACCAUAAGCUUCUCCAACUAUGUACAGGUCCAUUUAGGAAUCCUUCUGCUUACGAAGAGAGCUCAUGCUUGAGACUGCUGUUAGACAAAAGAGAUGCUUGGUUGGGGCCAUGGAUUCCUGGAAGGGACUGGUUUGAGGAUGAGCUUCGUGCUUUUCAGGGUGGGAAAAAUGGUCUGAUGCCCUGCAUCUGGGAUCCUGAACUUUCUAGUUUUCCUGAGCCAGAGAGUGUGAGUAAGUUGAUGGUCAACCAGAAGCUACUGUGUUUCGGGACAAUGUUUGCAGUUCAGGAUAGUGGGGGAAUGCAGUCACUACUUGGUGCCAUCGAGCAAUCUCUCAAAGCUGGGAAGAAACAACCAUGGCAUGCAACCCUUGUCAACAAUAUAUGCGUUGGGUUGCUUGCUGGCUUGAAGGCUCUGCUUUCAUUUCGUCCUCAACCAUUGAAGUCUGAGAUAUUAAGUCUUCUGCAGAAUAUCUUUCAGAGUAUUCUGGCAGAGGGUGAUAUAUCUGCAUCUGUGCGUAGAGCAUCAUCAGAAGGCCUUGGAUUAUUAAGUCGCCUUGGAAGUGAUACUUUUACAGCAAGGAUGACAAAAACACUCCUUGGUGAUCUGGCUGGUGCAGCAGAUGCAAGCUAUGCUGGCUCCCUUGCUGUGGCACUUGGUUGCAUACAUCACAGUGCUGGUGGUAUGGCAUUGUCAAGUCUGGUUCCUGCAACUGUUAGUUCUAUUUCUGCUCUAGCAAAGAGUUCAGUAGCUGGACUACAGAUCUGGUCCUUACAUGGAUUACUUUUGACAAUUGAAGCUGCUGGUUUGUCCUACAUAUCGCAUGUUCAGGCAACCCUUAACCUUGGCCUGGAGAUUUUAUUGUCUGAGGAAAGCGGAUGGGUGGAUCUUCAGCAAGGAGUUGGUCGUCUUAUUAAUGCCAUUGUCGCUGUACUUGGUCCUGAGCUUGCUCCAGGCAGCAUUUUUUUCUCACACUGCAAGUCUGUGAUUGCAGAGAUUAGCUCCUGCGAGGAAACUGCAACACUCCUUGAGAAUGUACGAUUUACCCAACAGCUUGUUCUUUUUGCACCUCAAGCUCUUUCUGUGCACUCUCAUGUGCAAACGCUUCUCCCAACUCUAUCCUCAAGACAGCCAGCACUAAGACAUCUGUCUAUAUCAACCCUGCGUCAUCUCAUAGAAAAGGAUUCGGUUUCUGUAAUUCAUGAGCAAAUCGAGGAGAACUUAUUUCACAUGCUGGAUGAAGAAACAGAUGCAGAGAUUGGGAACUUGAUUCGAUCCACAAUUAUGCGGUUGCUAUAUGCCUCCUGUCCGACCUGCCCUUCUCAUUGGAUAUCAAUAUGCCGGAAACUGGUGCUCGCAACAUCAUCUAGAGAUUCUCUAGUCAAUAGCAGCACUGAACAAGAUCCAAUACACACUUCAGAAGGUGACUCAGGGUCGGGCGCUGGAGAAGAUGAUGAAAACAUGGUCUCCAGUAGUAAAUCUAUGCCAAACAAUGAUCAUUCAUUGGAUGCUUUCAGUGUGAUUACUAAAAGGGAAAAGCACCUCAGAUACAGGACGAGAGUCUUUGCUGCUGAGUGUCUAAAUCAUUUGCCAACAGCUGUUGGAAAGGAUCCUGCACAUUUUGAUCUAUCAUUGGCAAGGAAACAGAAAAGGGGACCAUCCUGUGGUGAUUGGCUUGUUCUUCAACUACAGGAGCUAGUUUCACUAGCUUAUCAGAUCAGUACCAUCAAGUUUGAGAACAUGCAGCCAAUUGGUGUAGGACUUCUAUCUACUAUCAUGGAUAAGUUUGGAGAAGCACCUGAUCCAGAACUUCCAGGAGGACUUCUAUUAGAACAAUACCAGGCACAGCUAGUAUCUGCCCUUCGCUCUUCUUUGAACAUGUCUUCAAACCCUAUUCUCCUAGAGGCAGGCUUACACUUGGCAACUAAGAUAUUGAUUAGUGGUAUAAUUCGCGGGGAUCAAGCUGCCGUUAAGAGAAUAUUUUCGUUGAUCUCCAGACCACUGAAUGACUUUGAGGAUCUUUAUUAUCCCUCUUUUGCAGAAUGGGUGUCCUGCAAGAUCAAGAUAAGAUUGCUUGCUGCACAUGCUUCGCUAAAAUGUUAUACAUACACUUUAUUGAGGGGACACCAUGCUGAGGUUCCAGAUGAGUAUAUGGCACUGCUCCCUCUAUUUUCCAAAAGCUCCCAAAUAUUAGGAAAGCGCUGGAUUGGACUUCUGAAGGACUACUGUAAUCUUUGCUUUAAUCUUCACUUAAAGAAAAAUUGGAAGCCCUUUCUUGAGGGAAUCAAAUCACCUACGGUUGCUUCAAAAUUAAAGUCAUGUAUGGAUGAAACUUGGCCAGUCAUUUUGCAAGCACUUGCUUUGGAUGCUGUUCCUGUCGAUGUCAAUGUGAACAAAUCGUUGGACCAAAUUGAGGAUAAAAUGUUGAAGAACUUCAUGUCUGGGUACAGCAUGGUUCAACUGGGGUUUGAAGAAUUUCAGUUCUUGUGGGCCUUUGCUUUGCUUCUUCUUUUUCAAGGAAAAAUUGCUACUGUUGACCAGCAGAUAUUUCCGUUAGCCUCCGCUAAAUCUAAAUAUGCUGAGUCACAAUUUGAAGAAACGCAACCCCUAACUCUGAAGUUAUGUGAGAUUUUGCUUCCAGUCUUUCGUUCCUUGUGUGCCGAAAAGUUCUUUAGCAUGGGGUUCCUUACAACAGAAAUCUGUAAAGAACUGCUGCAGGCCCUCACUUAUGUUGGUGUUGGGGGAGAUUCUUGGAAUGUCCUUGCUGUCACCGCUUUAUCUAAGGUUGUCCACAAUUGUCCAGAUGCUUUUCUCAAGGUUGAUAGUUUUGUCAGUCUAGCAAUGGAGUUGUGCUUGGCCUACCUUUACAAAAUCGUUGCAAGUAACGACGCCAUCCUGUGUGAUGAGUCCAGCAGGGAAGGUCUGAUAUCGGAGUUGUUCACCAUUGCAAAGACUUUGUUGAAUCGUUUUAAAAAUGAAAACCAAUUGAAAUUGAUCCUGCCAUUUAUGUUAGCUGGUUACAAGUGUGCUCGAGGGGCUGCAACAGAAGCAAGCUUCUCAAAGAUGGUCGAGUUUAUUGUUCAGAUGUGUGCUUUAUUGAACAACUUUGUGGAAGAGAAAUCUAUUCUUGAGGUUGAUAUUGUCCAUCAUCUACAAAAUAUUAUUGGAGCUUGUCAAAACUUUGCUAGCGAUUUUGCUAAAGACUGCAUAGAGGCAAUACAUCUUCUGGAAAAUAGAAAGUUCAGUUUGCGCAGGCUUCUGUAUGCAAAGCUUGCUUUUUGCCUGGAGCAAAUGCUAUCCUUUGCUGACCUGGUGUAUAAGAUGGAACUUAGUCCGGAGAAAAAGAGCUCCAAGAAUGUGGCUAUUUUCAUUGGUUGCACUAGGUCUAUUCAACUUGUCAUUAUGGAUUCUAAUGUACAGGUUCAAGCGAUUGGGUUGCAAGUUCUCAAGAACAUGAUUCAGAAGAGCAUUAAUUCCAAAACCAUCUCCUUUCCGUUGCUUUUGAUUGGGGAGCUGUUCAGAGAUAUUUUAAUUGUCAUUCAGAAAAUUAUGAUGAAACCUGUAACGAGGGAGUCAGCUGCUCUUGCUGGAGAGUGUCUGAGAACCUUGGUGCUUAUGCAAACACUUCCAAAGGAUGUUGAGAUUCAACAGGGGCUUAUGAAUUUACUUCUUGAAGCAGUUGUCAUGAUAUUGUCUGGCACAGAAAACAGCCUUGCUGAGGAAACAAGUGACUUAAGAAGCACUGCCAUCAGACUUGUUUCUCAUGUUGCUCAGAUUCCCUCUGCUGCAGAACACCUGAAGGAGGCUUUGCUUAGAAUGCCUGCAACACUUAGGCAACAGAUACAGAAUGUUAUCCGUGCAUCAGUUACACAAGAACACCAGACAUCACAGGUCAAACCUAGUGCAGGAACGUUAGAAAUUAAAUUGCCAAAUCAAUCAUAUGAAAGCAAAGAGGAAAAUUCUGAAACAAGGUCCCCACAUCAGUCUGUAGAUGAAGAUGAAGAUGAAGAUGAUUGGGAUACUUUCCAGUCAUUUCCUGCAGCUACAAAUGCAACCAGUGUGGAUCCUAUACCAUAUGAUGAGAGUUCAUCCAUGCUUGAAGAUGAUGCUUUUCAGGAGUUUACAGGCUCGACACCAUCUAACAAUGUAGCUGAGACUGUUUCUGAACAUCACCAAAAUGAUGAAGAAAAAGAAUCGCCUCAAAAGAAGGAUGUACAUGGGUCUGAAAGUAGGUACCUGGCUUCGGAGGCAACUGAUAGUUCUGAAUCCCAUGACUUCAGUAAUAUCAUCGUAGUUGAAUCCGUCCAGGAGGACGAUCUUGUCUCAUCUAAUUCUCAGCGACCUAGCAACAGCACACAAGAAGAUGAUGCUUUACAUGAGUUUCCGGCCUCCAUACCUUGUGAUGUUUUAAAGGAGACACAUUCUGAACAUCACCAAAAUGGAGAAGAGGAAGUUCCUCAAGAAUCUAAAAGUUCUGAGUCCAAGGAUAUCAGUAAAAUUCCGGGAGAUGCACCCAUCGGAAAUGAAGAUUUGACCUCAUCGAAUAAUCAACAGCCUAACGACAGCGCAGAAGAAGCAGGUGAAAUUGAAGUUUUGAUGGGAUCACCGCAGAAAAUUGCUGUACAUGAACCUGAAAGUUGUGAAUCCCGGGACUUCAGUAAUGUUUCAGGAGUACCACCCAUUGGAAAUACUGAUCUUACUUCAUUUAAUUCUCAGCAAUCUGACAACAGUGCACACGAAGCAGGUGAAGAAGUUGAUGUUGUGAUGGGAAGUUUGAUGAACAAGGAAAGCCCCAGUGUUUCAUUACCAGUUGACGACUCCCCCAAUUCAGCUCCCCUGACGCCAGAUGUGUAUCUUGAGGCUUCGUGUUUAGAUGUAGACAAAUUGCAUGAUCAACAGCAAGAAUCUGCAGGUGAUUCUGUAAUCCUGGCCUCGGCCCACAGCGAGAGUAUUGUGGCUCCUGAAUAUGUCAACAGCUCAGACAAAUCUGGAAACCAAGAUUGUACAAAGGCUAGUGAAUCAGAACCUAAACAGUAAACACCCAUGAUAAUUGUAGCAAGACAGAGCUUUGCCAACUUUCACACUUGUACGAACUUUUGUGUAAAUUUUUUUUCUUUUGAGGAAAGCUUCUAUGUAAAUUUUUCUUUGGAAAAAGAUAUAUAUACAGGAUUUAAGGUUA